AAAAAAAAAAAAAAAUAGUGGUUUUUAAAUAAACUUGGUGUGCCUCACAGACAAUUUUUUAUAUUUCUCUUUUUCUUUUUCCCCCUUUUUUCAUCUCCUUUCCUUUUUAUAUUAUAAUAUUAACUUUUAGGUUAAUAACAAGUCAUUCCUUCAUUUCUCAAUUUUUUUUUUUUUAUUUAUUCUACAUUACUCCAUUUACUUUUUCACAUCAUCCAAACAAUGUCAAACUGUUGCGCUAGACUAAGUAGGGUCUACAUGAUUUCCACCAAUUUAUUAUUUGCAUGUCUCGGUAUUGCAUUUAUUGCAUUUGGAUUGAUUGGUAUGAAGGAUAAAUUUCUAGGUGCAACCUUAUUCCCAGGCAAUACAUUCAAACUCCUGGCCAUUCUCGGCGCAGUCGUUUGUGUAGCAGCCAUCUUUGGUGUCAUUGGCGCUUAUGUCAAAAAGAACAUGAUCACCUAUAUCUACAUGAUCAUCAUUAUUGGUGCGCUUGUCUUUCAAGUCAUGAUUGGCGUCAAAGUCUACCAAAAAGCUGCAAACUCGGCUCAAUAUCUCACAAACCUCUGGCCCAAAUCCAGUAUCGCCUACAGAACCAAUUUGCAGAAUCAGUUCGAAUGCUGUGGAUUUCAGACUGCCAUGGAUAGCUUUGUCUUAACAGAUCAUUGUCAACCCACCAGCUCAUCAACAAAUGUACAGCCUCCUUGCGCACCUGAAUUACAGAGUUAUGUAAAGAGCACCUUUGGCAAAUUGUAUCUGGUGAUCUUUGCUGCUCUUGCUCUCGAGUUAUUAGCCAUGUCCAACGCCAUCACUUUACUCUGUAGUGGUCCCGUAGCAGAUUAUGAUCAGGAAGAAGAAAGACGUAAACGUAGAAAGUCUGGUAUUCGAUUAGAUGACAUGUCCGCAGAUACCGUGGGCUCAUAUCAACAAGAAGAACAAAAAAAUUAUUACGCUGCCGGAGGUGGUAAUGUUGGAAAUAACUCUCCUAAUGCGUAUGCCAACCAUGAAGAGCCUAAUCGUAACAAUCGUUAUGAUAGUUAUGACAUGUAUCGACACAAUAAUAACUCAAAUACCUACAGUGAUAAUUAUAAUAGUAAUACCAUUAAUAAUAAUCGCCAUGGCAACGGCAAUAGUAAUGGUCCGGCAUACUAUUAAUUUUUUUUUUCUCUUCUUCUUUUUAUCAUUUCAUGUACAUUUUGACCGUGUAUUUUUCUCACUCUAUAAUUAUCUCACUCUUUGUUUAUCUCACUAUCACUUUCUCUCACACACACAGACACAUACAUUAGCUCAUUAAUAUUAAAAAAAAAAA